AUGAGAAACUGGGCUGAUCAUUGUUCAUCGGAUGAGGAAUCUCUCACAGAAGAAGUUGAAGCUGAAUUGGCGAGCCCCCAGUUGAACGAUGGGGUUCAACAAGAAGAGCAAAUAGCCGCAGAUCCAGAACCAGAGCACGUGGAACCAGAGCUCGCGGAAUCCAAAGUCCAAGAAGGACCACCACCACCAGUUGAGAAAAAGUAUGACUUUCCUAGUCAGCCACCUUUCACUGCCUUCAUUGGAAAUCUAGCCUACUCAUUAGACGAUGGGGACAAGCUGAAGGAUGCACUGGCUGAUUUGAUUGAUAAUCGUUUGGGCCCAGGAAAAAUCAACGUGCUUAAUGGACGGAUUGCAACUGAUAGAAGCAAUGGAAGACACCGUGGAUUCGGCUACGUCGAAGUUGAGACAGUGGAUCAGCUGAAACUUUUGAUGGAGAUCAACGAUGGUCAAUCUCAGCUUGCAGGACGCAAUAUUCAGCUGGAUACCGCCAGCGCUCGGCGAGACAACAACAUCAGAAGAAACAAUAACAGAAAUGACAAAGGAUCGUUUGGAGGAUCAUUCAACGUUGAUGGCGCAAAAUUCAGAGGUGGGCGUUUCGGGGGCAAAGGAGGACACGACGACAAUGAUGCACCACCUGCUCAGCGUACUACCCUGAAGCUUGCUCCACGAUCGAAAACACGUGGUGAAGGGGAGGGGCGCGGUUCAUCGUCCGGUGUCUUUGGCGGAGCCAAGGCCAGAGAUGAAGGGGCUUGGGAACACAAGAAACUUGAAGGAGGUGACCGACGACCACAUAAGGGCCGUGGGGGUGGCAGAGGAGGAAGGGGACGAAACGACGGUGCUCAUGGUGGCCGAAACGACGCUGGUCGUGGUGGCCGAAACGACGCUGGUCGUGGCGGCAACAAGAAUAAAAAGAACAACAACCGACGUGACGGAAAACCUCAAGAAUCGGAGCCAAAGGGAGAGAAGCCCAAGCCUGCUGUAAAAGCUCCUGCCACCAAGCCAGAGCCAGCCAAGUCUGUCCCACCCGCGAAGAAGGCCGCCCCUGUCAAUAAGUUUGCCUUGUUGAUGGAUUCUGACUCCGACUAG